GGCGCAAUCAACCAGCUCCUUGCAGCUCUACUUCCUCCCUGGGCCUCCUGAGAACAGGCCGAGGCCACCGUUCCUGGUCGGGGCACCCGCGGUGCACACGCAGUGCUCACUCAGCACACACGCACACGCGGCGAGGGCUCCAGGACAGCAGGACAUGUCCGGCCAACGCGCCCUGCUGCCCACCCUGGCGGCCCUGCUCUCCCUCGGGUCCGUCCUCUCCCAGGAGUGCAACAAGUACAAGGUCAGCACCUGUCGGGACUGCGUGGAGGCGGGGCCUGGCUGCGCCUGGUGCCAGAAGCUGAAUUUCACUGGGCGCGGGGAGCCCGACUCCGUCCGCUGUGACACCAGGGAGCGGCUGCUGCUGAGAGGCUGCGUGGCCGACGACAUCACGGACCCGCAGAGCAUCGCCGAGCCCCAGGUGGACAGCCGAGGCUUUCGCCAGCAGCUGUCCCCGCAGAAGGUGACGCUGUACCUGAGGCCAGGCCAGGCCGCUGCGUUCAACGUGACCUUCCGGCGGGCCAAGGGCUACCCCAUCGACCUCUACUACCUGAUGGAUCUCUCCUACUCUAUGCUCGACGACCUCAAGAACGUCAAGAAGCUGGGAGGCCACCUGCUCAGGGCCCUCAACGACAUCACCGAGUCUGGCCGCAUCGGCUUUGGGUCAUUCGUGGACAAGACGGUGCUGCCGUUCGUCAACACGCACCCUGAGAAGCUGAGGAACCCGUGCCCCAACAAGGAGAAGGAGUGCCAGCCCCCCUUCGCCUUCCGCCACGUGCUGAAGCUGACCAACAACUCCGACCAGUUCCAGACCGAGGUGGGCAAGCAGCUGAUCUCGGGGAACCUCGACGCGCCCGAGGGCGGCCUGGACGCCAUGAUGCAGGUGGCCGCGUGCCCGGAGGAAAUCGGCUGGCGCAAUGUCACGCGCCUGCUGGUGUACGCCACGGAUGACGGCUUCCACUUCGCGGGGGACGGGAAGCUGGGCGCCAUCCUGACCCCCAACGACGGCCGCUGCCACCUGGAAGACAACCUGUACAAGAGCAGCAACGAGUUUGACUACCCCUCGGUGGGCCAGCUGGCGCACAAACUGGCCGAGAGCAACAUCCAGCCCAUCUUCGCCGUGACCAAGCGGAUGGUGAAAACCUACGAGAAGCUCACGGAGAUCAUCCCCAAGUCUGCGGUCGGGGAGCUGUCAGACGACUCCAGCAACGUGGUGCAGCUCAUCAAGAGCGCCUACAACAAACUCUCCUCCCGGGUCUUCCUGGACCACAGCGGCCUUCCCGACACCUUGAGGGUCGCCUACGACUCCUUCUGCAGCAACGGCCAGUCGCGCACGGACGAGCCCCGCGGCGACUGCGACGGCGUCCAGAUCGGCGUCCCGGUCACGUUCCAGGUGAAGGUCACGGCCACGGAGUGCAUCAAGGAGCACUCGUUUGUCAUCCGGCCGCUGGGCUUCACGGACACGGUGACGGUGCAGGUGCAGCCGCAGUGCGAGUGCCGCUGCAGGGACACGAGCCAGGACCGCGGCCACUGCCACAACAAGGGCGUCGUGGAGUGUGGCAUCUGCAGGUGCGACGCUGGCUACAUCGGGAAAAACUGUGAGUGCCAGACACAGGGCCGGAGCAGCCAGGAGCUGGAAGGAAGCUGCCGGAAGGACAACAGCUCCAUCAUCUGCUCCGGGCUGGGGGACUGUGUCUGUGGGGUGUGUCAGUGCCACGCCAGCGAUGUCCCCGACAAGGAGAUCUAUGGGCAGUACUGCGAGUGCGACAACGUCAACUGCGAGCGCUUCGAUGGCAAAGUCUGCGGGGGCAAGAAAAGGGGGCGCUGCUACUGCGGCAAUUGUCUCUGCGACAAAGAGUUUGAGGGGUCGGCGUGCCAGUGCAAGAAAUCCACCGACGGCUGCCUGACUGCACGGGGCGUCGAGUGCAGCGGCCGCGGGCGGUGCCAGUGCAACGUGUGCAUGUGCGACGCGGGCUUCCUGCCGCCGCUGUGCGAGGACUGCCCCGGCUGCACCACGCCCUGCGCCCAGUACAUCUCCUGCGCUGAGUGUCUCAAGUUCGACAAGGGCCCCCUGGCCAAGAACUGCAGCACGGCCUGCGGGAACCUGCAGCUGGUGAGCGACCCAGUGUCGAACAAGCCCUGCAGGGAGCGCGACUCGGAGGGCUGCUGGGUGACGUACACGAUGCGGCUGCGCGUCGGGCGGGAGCAGUACGACAUCUACGUGGAUGAGGCCCGAGAGUGUGUGCUGGGCCCUGACACGGCCGCCAUCAUCGGGGGCACCGUGGCGGGCGUCGUGCUGAUCGGCCUCCUCCUGCUGGGCAUCUGGAAGGUGAUGACGCAUCUGAGCGACCUGCGCGAGUACAAGCGCUUCGAGAGGGAGAAGCUCAGGUCCCAGUGGAACAACGAUAACCCCCUUUUCAAGAGCGCCACCACCACGGUCAUGAACCCCAAGUUUGCCGACAGUUAGGAGCCCUGGUGAGCACAGGCGUCUGCACCGCCAGGGGCGCCACCUGCUCAGCACCCCCUCCUGACGCCCGCCGGGGCCCCAGCCCGGGGAGGUGACACGACUCUUGACAGUUUCAUCAAUGAACCAAAAUCCGCACUGCUUUUUCUGGCUCAGUUUUUACACGGAUGGGACCCUCCUCUCCGAUUUGUACAAUCUUCUGAUAUAUACUUGAAAAGGGAAUUGCUUACGUCUUAUAAGGUUAGGUACAUGUAUUCUGGUUUAAAAAAUGAGGUUAGGGGUCUGAUUAAAGGCAGCACAAAUGUAUUUAUAUUUAAUGCUCAUAAAUAUAUAAAAUUAUGUUCCAUAAAUUACAGUGUUAACCAAUCACAUGUAUAGAAAAAAAAAUAAACCUUCCAUUGAGGCUCUCCAGGGCAACUGAGGCUGGCGGGCUCUGCUCCACUCCA